GUUAUGCAUAUAGCAACAAGAAUAUUUGUUUUCGAAAAUCUGUGCUUUUGGCUGGUAGCGACAUCCGUGACAAAACGCUCAAACUGGUAGACACGUUACCGAUCUUUUCAAAAAGUUACAACAGUCUGAAUAUAGGCAAUUUUUCAUACCAGUGUAUAUUUAUUAUUUAAAUGUAUAUUACUAUUAAUUUAUAUUAAGAACUAAAUUUUUAGACACCUCUGUAGUACACCAAUGAGCAAUAAUGAUAUAAUGUUUAGUGUGCAUUGUGAAUGGGUCUGUAAUUGACGUACACCGAUUCAAUGUAUGCAUUCGAUUGAACGCUGUUGUUUACAUCAACCUUUUUUCACUUCUUUACUUCAAUUUUCCAUUGAAAAACAUUACGCUCUCAAUGAAAUUACAUUUUUUUCAUCCAAUAAAUUUCGUUCCAUUUAUUUGUAUAAUGGGACGUGUCAUAACAGGAUGUAGAUAUUGUACAAACGUUCGAGUCAUACAAUAAACACUGACCUGUCAUUCACAUCGAUAAAUAUGUUUAUUAAUCGACAAGUAUCUGCGUAACAAAUUUAAAUAAGAGAAUGUUAUACUGAUCCAUCAUUAUACACAUUAUUUAGCCCACGCAAACAAAAUGUUUGUCUACUUGAGUAAAAAGAUUGCAAUACCAAACAAUUUCCGCCUUAAUUGUUUAGCAUGGAAUCAGAAGGAUGGUUACAUAGCAGUCGGCGGGGAAGAUGGUCUGUUGAAAGUGCUUCGGGUUGAUUCAAAUCCCAAUCCAUCUACCAGUAGUGGAAAGUCUCGUAAUAUAACAGCUGCUAGUAACUUAAGCAUGAAUCAAACAUUGGAGGGACAUAAUGGUCACGUGCAAGUAGUCACUUGGAACGAACAGCACCAAAAGCUGACCUCCAGCGAUGAGAAUGGAAUAAUAAUUGUCUGGAUGUUGUACAAAGGUUCUUGGUACGACGAAAUGAUAAACAACUGCAACAAAUCAACAGUAAAAGGAAUGGCAUGGAGUACCGAUGGACUGAAAAUCUGCAUAGUUUACGAAGAUGGAACUGUUAUCGUUGGGUCAGUAGAUGGUAACAGAAUCUGGGGGAAAGAAUUGAAGGGUAUAUCUCUUGCCGCAGUCCAAUGGUCUCCAGAUGGAAAACUGUUGUUGUUUGGUUUGAAAAAUGGCGAAGUUCAUCUGUACGAUAAUCAAGGAGUAUUUUUAACAAAGUUGAACACGAUACCGCUGAACAGUGGCCAGAGUCAAACAAUAGUGGCCUUACAGUGGUACGACGGUAGGAACGGUUACGUCGCUCUGGAUUGCCCGACUCUGGCCAUCUGCUACAGAAACGGCAAAAUACAAUUGAUGCGAAACACGAACGACGACAAUCCGAUUGUUCUUGAGACCGGCGUGACGACUGCAUGGUGUUGUUGGAACAGCUACGGUUCACUGUUGGCGGUGACAGGUAUGAUGCCGUUACUAGGGAACGGAGAGACAAAGGACACGAAUGUGAUUCAGUUUUACACGCCGUUCGGUAAACACAUGAGAACGCUGAGAGUACCCGGUAGAGAGGUGACCUGUUGCGCCUGGGAAGGAGGGUCUCUCAGAGUAGCUUUGUCCAUCGAUUCGCACAUAUAUUUCGCAAAUAUUCGACUAGAUUACAAAUGGACUUAUUUCAGCAAAACGGUCGUGUACACGAACGAGAGGAUCAGCAAGGACGGUAUUUCCAUUAUGUUUUGGAACACGGUGAACAACACGUGUUGCACGAAACACGUGAGAGCACUGAUAUCGAUAGAUUCGCACGGAGAGCAUUGUGUACUGGCAGUGAUGAACGACCCCGCGCAGGGUUCAGAACGAUUCGCGCUUUUGGUUUGCAAUUCCAUAGCCACCCCGAUCGACUCGAAGUUCAUAAACUUGGAGCCGCUAUGGGUGAGCAUGACCAACAGCCUCGUGAUCACCGCAUCCAAGAAUAAUUUUCUCGUGUGGAACUACCGCAGUCCGCACAACGGUCCGCUGCACGCGGGCAAAGCAAGGAGGGAGAAGAUUUAUCACAUCGACGAGACGCCAACGGGCGUGACGGAAGUCAUUCAAGACCUGGACAAGGACAGGUCGUUCGAAACACCGAUCAACACGAAAGCAACCAUGGACCCGAUUUGCUGUCUGUCCGCGACGGAAAAUGUCCUGUUGAUCGGCAGAGAAUCGGGCAUGAUUCAGCGGUACUCCCUGCCGCAAAUAACUCUCACGAACCGGUACAAUACGGCAUGCAAACUUUCCAAAAUAUCGAUCAAUUGCGACUCGUCCCGUGCCUCCGUCAUGGAUUCGAACGGCGUGUUGACGAUGCUGGACCUGGAGACGGAUUCCAGGAGGACAGGCUCGAAAGACGGAGGAUCGACGGAGGAUAUAAAGAAGUUCGAAAGGAAAGACGUAUGGGCCAUGUGCUGGGCGGAAGAUAAUCCGACGCUCCUGGCCAUCAUGGAGAAGACCAGAAUGUACGUGCUGAGGGAAUUCGACCCCGAAGAGCCGAUCUCGUGUUCCGGGUACAUAUGUUCGUUCCGAGAUUUAGAGAUACGUUGUGUCCUGUUGGACGACCUUAUGCAGAAACCGGAGGACACUAGGAAAGAGUUGAUAGUGGACUUAGAAGUGAAGUCGUUGAGGGACACGAGGGAGCUGCUGGUGAAGGUUGGCUCGAAGGAAGCCAACAACUUCAUCCAGGACAAUCCGCAUCCUCGACUGUGGCGUCUGCUGGCGGAGUCGGCGCUCGAGAAGCUGGAUCUGGAGACAGCGGAGAACGCGAUGGUCCGAUGUUCCGAUUACCUGGGCAUACAGUUCAUAAAGCGUCUGCAGAACGUGCACAACGAUCAGCUGAAGAAGGCGGAGGUGGCGGCGUACUUGGGCAACUACGAGGAGGCGGAGAAGCUCUACUUGGACAUGGACAGAAGGGACCUUGCUGUUUCGCUGCGACAGAAACUGGGAGAUUACUUCCGCGUGGUGCAGCUGAUGAAGAUGGGCAUCGGCGGGUCCGACAAACAGAUGGAACACGCCUACAACAAGAUCGGCGAGUACUACGCCGAGAGGCAGAAUUGGGAGGGAGCGAAGGAGUACUACGAGAAGAGCAGGAACCUGGAGAAGUUGGUCGAAUGUUACUACAAACUGGAGGACUUCGUGGAGCUCGCUGGAACGGUGCAGCAACUGCCGGACAAGAGCCCUCUGCUGAAGACGGUGGCCAGACUGCUGGCGUCGGUGGGCAUGUGCUCGCAAGCCGUCGCGGCCUACAUCAGAUACGGGGACGUGAAGUUGGCCGUAGACACGUGCGUUCGUCUGAAUCACUGGGACCAGGCCGUCGAGCUGGCCAAGACCUACAAAAUGGCGCAGAUCGGCGAGCUGCUGAACAAGUACGCGAACCAUCUUCUUUCAAACGGCAAGAGACUGCAGGCGAUAGAGCUGUACAAGAAGGCGAAUUACAAUCUCGAGGCAGCCAAAUUGCUGCUUCGUCUGGCCGACGAGCAGGCCAUACGCAGGAUCAGUCCGCUGCGCGUGAAGAAGAUCUACGUUCUGGCGGCGUUGCUGAUCGAGGAGCACAUCAACGGCGCGCCCUCGGUCAAAGGAGCUCGCAGCAACGUCGUGAUGGGCCUGGCGGAGAACAACGAGGACAGUCGCGUGAUCGAGAACGCUUGGAGGGGCGCGGAAGCGUAUCACUUCUUCUUGCUGGCGCACAGGCAGAUAUACUCGGGGAACUUCGACGCCGCCAUGAAAACCGCGCUGCGACUCCGGGAGUACGAGGACAUCUUGGAACCGGAGCACGUGUACUGCCUGCUCGCGUUGGCCAGCGCCGUCGACCGCGCGUUCGCCGUCUGCUCGAAGGCCUUCGUCAAGCUGGAGUCGCUGGAGUCCGUCCCGGAAUCCACCAGGGAGGAGUACGAGAACCUGGCGGUGGAGAUCUUCACGAAGCACAAUCCGAAGGACGCUCGCAGCUCGAAGGCGGAGUGCGCCAACUGCGAGAGUCUCGUGCCGGACUGGUGCGUCGCCUGUCCGAACUGCGCGACCAGGUUUCCCGCCUGUAUCGUGUCCGGGAAACCGUUGAUGGAUCUCAGCAACACUUGGAUAUGCACCGUUUGCAGACACUACGUCGCCAGCGAGCGCGACGUCGUCAACAUCAACGCUUGCCCCUUAUGCCACAGCACCGUCACGUAUAUGUAGAUUGGAUUUCGCUCACGAUUCACACUUUUAGUUUCACGCUGACCGACGGUAUGCUUCUUUGACACGUUGAACGCCGCACGAGUUCACUGAGGAAAAUACACGGAAUGGAGAAAAUAUAAUAUUGAAUCAUUAUGUUGCGAUUCCACGUUCAUCUAGCUGAGUGUCACUGUAUUAUGUAGCAUUAUCUGUAACAUAGAAAUGUUUUCAAACAGUCACACCGUUUAAUUCAAUGAAUUAUAGUGAUUCGAUGUGGUUGGGGGUCACCGGUGACCCCCAUGGCAUUCAACGUGUUAAUUUGCAAUUCGUCAUUUCCUUAAACACGAUCGUCAACGUUGGAGUUCUCGACGAUGCUCAUUCUCAACCGCUUUCACCUCCGACGUUGACGAUCUCGAUUCCGUCCAACCAUAAAGGUAUCAAUGCCGUCCACUGAUGAGAAUACAUUUAUGUACAAUUGUUUAUAAGAUCAAUG